GUGCUUUUGGUUGAGCCAAGCUCACCUUGCCCGACUGCCGACAUUAGGUACUUGCGGUCAACGCAGAUUUGCUGCGUUGCUCGGCAUGCCGAGCGUGCAGAUGCAUCCUAUGCUUUAUAUAGGGGCGCGCCGUACGUGCAGUCGGAGGAGUAUGAGCAGUUUCCCUUUGAUCCUCCUCUGA